GGGCGCGCCUGGAGCCUCUGGACGGUGGCGCCCAGCAAGCAGCACCCAGCAUCCCUGCUCCCGCCUCCCGGGGCCCAGGAGCAGAGCACCCGCCAUGCACAUCCCUGAAAGCCUCCAGGACCUGGCUGACAGCGAAGCCGUGCAGUUUCUGAAGAGGCCAAAGACGAUCGCCCGGAUCUUUGCAGGGGUGUUCUCCCUCGUCGUCUUCUCCUCCCUGCUGACCGACGGCCACCAGAACAACCGUAGUUCUUCGAGGCUCCACUGCGUCCUGAACAGCAACAGCACGGCCUGCGGCUUCGCCGUGGGGGCCGGCCUCCUGGCCUUCCUCACCUGCCUGGCCUUCCUCGCCCUGGACACCCACGAGAGCCGCAUCGGCAGCAGCCACUUCAAGACGGCCGGCCAGCUCCUUGUCAUCCUGGCUGUCCUGUGGACAGGCAUCUGGUUCGUGGGUUUCUGCUUCCUGGCCAACCAGUUGCAGCACUCACCCCCCGAAGGGCUCCUCCUGGGAGCAGCAGCCCAAGGCCCCAUCACCUUCACUUUACUUUCCUUCUCCGUCCUCGUCUGGGCAUUCCAGGCCUACCUGGCCCUCCGGGACCUCCGGAACGACGCUCCAGUCCCUUACAAGCGCUCCCUGGAUGAGGGUAGUGUGGCGCUAACCACCCUCUCCCCGCCCUCUGCUGCCAGCCCUGUUAACACACCCCCCGCUGGCCCCAACAGCCUGAAUUACGCCAGCUCUGCCCUCAUCCCUACCUGGCCACACCGAAGGCCCCCCCGCCUCGCUAUGAUGCCCGACAACUGAACAUCCCCAUCUGCAUCAGUAAAGAGGUAACCCUCCCUCCAGAAGGGUUUCUGAAAACAGCCC